GAGAGGGGCAGGAGGGGGAGAGAGACGGGGAGGACGGGAUGAGAACCGGGGAGAGGGACGAGGAGGACUGGGAGAGGGACAGGGAGAGACCAGGGGAGGGACCCGGAGAAAAAGACGGGGAGGAAGGGAAGAGACCCGGAGAGAGGGACGAGGAGGACGGGGAGAGACCAGGGGAGGGACCCGGAGAGAAAGACGGGGAGGACGGGAAGAGACCCGGAGAGAGGGACGAGGAGGACGGGGAGAGACCCGGGGAGGACGAGGAGUUGCAGGGAAGCAGAGAAGAUGUUGGGAGCCCCACUGCAACAGUGAAGGUGGUCCUGAUGCCAGGGGGCGUGGUCGUUACCAUGGCGUUCCCCAUCUCCCUCACCAUCCAGGACCUGAAGGUCCACUUCUCCUCCCGGCUCAGAGUGCCUGCCAGCGUCCUGAUGGUCUCUCUGAACGGUAUGGUCCAGGGCUGUUUUCAUGGUGAUGCAGAUGGUGUUGUCAUGUUGAUGCAGCAGGUGUUGUCAUGGUGCUGCGUCGGAGGCCAUUCCUCAAGCAACGGAGAAUUCCGUUCUAGCAUGCUACUCGCACGGUUACAUGCUACUUGGAUGAUAACAUGCUACCGCCAUGCUAACAUGCUGCUGACAUGUGUGUUGCAGGUGCUGAUGCUGCAGAGCUACGUGCGGCGGUGGCGGGCGGUCCGUCUGGUGAAGGAGCUCCGAAGGGACAAGGAGCGCAGGCUGGCCUGGCUGAAGGAGAGGCAGAGGAGAAGCAAGGAGGAGGAGGAGGAGCAGAGGAAGGAUGAGCUAAAGCGCCGGAGAAACCCACAGAGAAAAGAGGACUUCAGCCUUCUGUACAGCUACCUGGAGAGGUGGAGGCAGGAGGAGGUGCAGCGUAUCUCCUCCACCCUAGAAGGAGCAGAGAGGAAGGCUGCGCUGUGCGCCCUGCUGGAGGAGGAGAGCCGCCACAUCGCCUCCCUGGGGAGCCACCAGCAGGCCUCCCUGCUGCGCCUCCAGGACGCGGCCACCCGGGCCCUGCUCCUCCAGGUCGCGGCCCCCUGCCGCUGGCAGGGGCGUGACGGCUUGUUUCUGACGAUGGCCACGCCCAGCAGUGUGCGUGCCCGCGAGCUGCAGGAGCUCUACGAGGUCAUCGCCGCCCGGGACCCCGCCCCCCCGCCAGAGGAGAGGCUGGAGGCGCUGAUGAAGCUCAGGGACACCGUCACCGGAUACAACUGCCAGCUGACGCGGGACCUUGUGGAGUUGAUUGACAGGGAGGUGGAGCUAAGGAGGCGCGAGGUGAUGCCGGCCAACCUGGAGGGUCUGAAGAAGAGGAUCUCCACACUCUUCCUCCAGUUCGUCAAGACGCCGACCUUUAAUCCUGCCGUGGGCCGGCUGCUCAAGGUUCCCCAGCGGUCAGACCAGGGGUCCCAGACCCCCCAUGGGGUCCAGCCCCUCCAGGUGUGUCGGGCGUGCGGGGGCUGCCUGGCCCCCAACCAGCUGACGGUGUCGGCCGGCCCGCGCUCCGCCCCCCGCUGCGGGCCCUGCACGGUCCUGGAGAACCAGGGCCGCCUGCGCCGGGACCUCAACCCCUACAGGAGCCUCCUGGCCAGGCUACGGACCGUGGAGGAGAGGCUCCACCCCCAGGACCACAUGACCCACCUGCUGGAGGAGGAGGACAUGCGCUACCUGGUGGAGGUGGUGUGGGGCGGGCGGUCGGCCCUGAGCGGGGCCCCCGGGCCCCAGGGCCUGGUGAUGGGCCCCUGGGAGCCACGCCAAGCCUGGAGCCCCUGGAACUGUCUGCUGCUCACCAGGGAGGAGAACCAGGCCCACCUGCUGGUCCCAGACCCACACCAGGCGUACGGCGCGGCCUUGGUGCGCUCGGUGAGGCUGAAGCACCUGCUGGCCAGGAACCACUUCACCCAGAUCACCUCCACGCUUCCACGCCUCCAGUACGCCCUCGGCAACCAGCUGGUCACCAGGCCCAUCCCCAUGGAAACCGGCACUGCAGAGCCCUCCUAGUACGGCGGGAUCCUGUCCUUACAUACAGACGGUUUAAUAAAGAUAAACGAUCUUUACGGCUUCUAAUACUGGUCCUCACCUUACGCUGUCAGAAUGGUUAUUAUUAUUAUCUUAUCUGUCGUUGGUAUGUUGGACUGUAAAAGUACAAGAUGUUCCCACAAUCAAGACCUGGGAAGCAUGUUUUGUAUUGUAAACCUUAUUGAUGCGCGUGCGCACGUGUGUGUAUGCAAGGGUGUGUGUGUGUGUGUGUGUGUGUGUGUGUGUGUGUGUGUGUGUGUGUGUGUGUGUGUGUGUGUGUGUGUGUGUGUGUGUGUGUGUGUGUGUGUGUGUGUGUGUGUGUGUGUGUGAUUAAGAGGCACGUGUCGCGCGGCCUGAUGUGUGGCGUUGCUAAUCUGGGCAUAUUGUCGCCAUGGUAACCCUUUCAUUGAUUAUUCUUAAUAACUAAUUAAAUUGUCUGUCUGUCUGCUGGCCUGUCUGUCAGUCUGCCUGAUAAUCUGCCUGCCUGACUGUCUCUCUGCUAGCCUCUCUGUCUUUCUGUUAGCCUGUCUGUCGGUCUGCCUGCAUUAGUAUCUAUUUGUCCGUCUGUCUGCUGGCCUGUCUGUUUGCUGCAUGACUGUCGGUCUGACCACAUAUCUAUCUGUCUGUCUGCUAGUUUCAGUGUUUCUCAUUCCAUCUGUCUGUCUGCCUAGGAUCUGUCUGUCUGUGUAGGAGUAGGCAUAGUAUACAGUGGUAGGCAUAAGUUUAGGCACCCAUGCUAAAGUUGACUGAAAAGAGGAAUAAAAAAUCAUCUUUUGGAAAUUGAUCUUAAUGCCUUUAUUAAACAAA